AUGUAUCAACAAGCAGAACAGGAAGCUCUUCUCGCUGGUCAUGGUCGUGUUAAUCAACUUGGUGGAGUUUUUAUUAAUGGUCGUCCCUUACCUGAUUAUAUUCGUCGGGAAAUUAUUGAAAUGGCAACGAAAGGAAUUCGUCCUUGUGUAAUUAGUCGUCAACUUCAAGUAUCUCAUGGAUGUGUAUCGAAAAUUCUCUCCCGUUAUGCCGAAACAGGUUCUUAUAAGCCUGGUCCUAUUGGUAAUGGAAGUAACAGAAGACAAGGUAAAGAAACUAAUCGACAACAUCGCAAUGAAGAACAACCAGCAACUGAAGAAUCCGAUGAAAGCAAAAACAAUUCACUUGAAGAUUCAUUACCAUUACGUCCUGUUAGAAAUAUGGCUAGUAAUUCACGUCGGUACCGUUCAACGUUCAAUGCCGAACAAAUUGAUAUUCUUGAACAAACAUUUUCUCAUACACCUUAUCCGGACGUAACGACACGUGAACAACUUUCACAACGUUUAAAUAUUGAAGAAAAUCGUAUUCAAAUAUGGUUUAGUAAUCGACGCGCACGCACUCGUAAAGUAACUACAACGAAUUUAUCAAGUGCUUCCACAUCUAAUUAUACGAAUGAUGAAGAAAAUACGAUUCCAUGUUUUCUUGAAUCGCCAGUUAUGGAUAUGAAACCAUUCUUAAUGCCUGAUAAUGUUUUCGAUCCAUCAAUAACAUCGAGUCCAUCAUCAAAUUAUUGGCCACCAACUUCUGCAAUGUAUUAUGGAUCACCAAGUGCUUCCUAUCCGUCUAUGACUAAUCAAUACUAUUCAGCAUAUGCUUCUCCAACUACUUCAUCUGUGUAUCCAAAUUAUCCGUUAUCGUAUCCGAGCUAUCCGUCAUGCUAUUAG